UCUUUAGCUAACACCCAACCACACCUUCAAGCACACGCAAACUUCAAUUUGCUGCUAUCAAGAUUCCGGUGGCCAUGGCAUCCAUUGACACCACAGCUCAUCCACCUGCCGCCACCGACCCACCAACGAAGUAUUCGGUGCCACCACCUGAAUACAAAGGCAGUAGUUUCGGUCCGGUGGUUGAUAUGGCCUUGAGGGUCAUACUGUUUGCAACCGCCUUGGUUGCUGUCAUCGUUGUGGUCACAUCUAAACAAACCAAACUGAUUCCAGUUGCACCCGGCAUUGUAAUUCCUAAGGAUGCAAAAUUCAAUCACUCCCCAGCUUUCAUAUACUUUGUGGCCGCACUCUCGGUAGCCUGUUUGUACAGCAUCAUCACUUGUGCGUUAUCGGUUUUGGCAUUGAAAAAAGCCGGAGGAAGCUCCACAAAGCUGCAACUUCAUUUCAUCAUCUUUGAUGCUCUACUUCUGGGCAUUGUGGCUGCAGCAACUGGUGCAGCAGGAGGAGUUGCAUACAUUGGACUCAAAGGGAACUCUCAUGUCAGAUGGAACAAGAUCUGCCAUACGUAUGAUUCGUAUUGUUUCCACUUUGCAACCUCUAUUCUUCUCUCACUUAUAUCCUCUAUAACGCUUCUACUGCUCGUUUGGCUCUCGGGUUAUGUGCUAUCAAAGAAGAUCGCGCGGCGGUGAAUCUGUCAGACCGAUAAAAUAUUGACUUUCCAUGUACCGAUUUGACGUUAAUGCCUUUGGUCAUUCAAUUUGUAUCUGUAUGUGUUUUUUGUUUUGAUGGUUUGUGUUCAAUUAUGAAGAUUAUGGGAGAUGGAGGAUUGAUUAAUUUGUGAUAGAAAAUUGUUAGAGGUCCAAAUUAAGUUGCAAGAAAACUGUAGAUUAAAGACAUUGUAAGAGUGUUAUGAAUACGAAUUAUUUGUGUACCGUGUACUGA